AUGCGGCGUUCUGUGUAUUAUAUGGGGCGCAGCCUCACACAGCGGCACCUGAACGCCUGCAACAGCCCGCUGGCGACCGGCUUUGUGCGGCCUAAUGCGUUCUCCAGCACAAUGCAUGGGCUUGCAGCGUCGCCGCUGUGCGGCCUCGGCUUCAUCGGUGGCGGCGGCGCUGUCAUUGGCGCAAACGGCGCUCUAGUCGCAUCCUCAGAGACGGCGCUGAGUCAGCUCCUGACAUCCAUCAUUGCGCAGGGUAAGCCCGUCUCUGCGCUGGCCACUGUCGUUUGCAUCCAAAAUAUAUCAAGUUGUGUCUGUGCAUGCGUAAGAGUAUUACUCGGAUUGACUCUAAAGAUGUUCUCUCCUUUCUCGACCACGCGUGGCGAUACAACAGUGACUCUGUACGCCCCUUCAUUGAAGAGAGACGAACCGCAGUGA